AUGGGACUAUUGAAAGAGAUCAUAAUGUUUCUUAUAGGAAUCGGCAUGGGCUCCUAUGUAGUAAAGCUGCUAUUGAUGAAGAAAAAAAAGCAGAAAAGUUUCCCAUUAAAAGACCAGCUGGUAAGAAAUCAUCAAUUUUUCAAAGAAGGCCAAGACAAAAUCCAGUCAAGCUUUGUGGUUGUCUUAGGACUAGGAGGCAUUGGAAGCCACUGUGUGAUAACUUUGGCACGCUCUGGUGUAAAAAAAGUGAGAAUCAUUGAUAACAGCGUGCUUACAGCAGGAGCCUUAAAUGGCCAUGGAGUAGCGAAAACAAGGGAUAUUGGGAAACAUAAAACUGAUGUGCUAAAAGCUCACAUAGGAAAAAUAAUCCCACAAUGUGAAAUUGAAAUUCAAAAAGCUUAUUUCUCAUUAGAAAAUGCUAGUAGCUUACUUGCUGGGAACCCUGAUUAUGUAGUUGACUGUAUAGGGAACGUCAGCUGUAAAGCAGAUUUAAUACAAUAUUGUUUGCAAAAUCAAAUAAAUAUUAUUACUACCGCUUCAGCUGCUGGAAAAAUUGAUCCUACUCGUGUUGAAGUUGCUGAUAUCUCUAACACCAAAAAUUGUGACACAGUCCGCAAGCUUCGUAAAACCCUAAAGAAGCGUGGAAUAGCUGAAGGAGUACAAGUAGUUUAUUUAGCAGAAACACCUCGGUAUUUACUUUUAGAUCCACAAAACCCAAUAAAACAAAUGCCCAUUCCUGCAAUUGAACACAUUUAUUAGACUUAUAGAGAAGUUUAAUGUAAUUCCUGAAGGGAAACCUCCACCUGUAAUGUCUCUUUCGCCUGCUCGCCAGUUCGUAUACAACCUUACUAGGCCCAAUCCCCUGAGGAAAAAAAACUUAGCUUUCGCUUUCGAACACUGGUAGUUAUCCAACCAGAUCUGCUGGCGCAGGUACCCCUUAUUUAAUUAGUAGGAAAAAAAAACUUAGCAUUGGAGUAAAGCAUGAAUUCGGCAAUCCGACAUUGCGCUUCUCCAAACCUGGCCGGAUACAUGCACCCGAAUGCAGUCCUCCCUUCCUCAAAGUCCCUGCGCACCAGAUACAGGAGUUAAGAAAAUGGGCUUCUUCACCAUGCCAUUUUAAUGUAUGCCAUUCCUGCAAUUGAACACUAACUUCUAUCACUGGAAAUUCUGUAGCUUCUUAUGUCUUAUCCAAGCUUGGAGGAGUUAGUUUUGAGCCUUUUAUUAGAGACAACUACCGAAAAACUUCAUUUUUGCGACUUGUUCGCCAUCUAGAGCUAUUAGAAAAAAAUCAUUUUCAUUCAGAACUAGAGAUGGACAUUGAAGAAAUCGAACAGGUGGUAAGGACUUUAUGGAAUUUGAGGUCAGCUUAUAGCAACUCUAAGAAAUCAAUUGAAGCAGUAAGAUUUGACUUAACGCAGCCAGCAAGUGUGAGUAAUUUAAUAUUGCUGACCGAUGAAGAAUUAAUUAUGCAUUUAGACGGAAGAUUAGAAUGGAGCCAAGAACAAAUCAGCCUUAUCAAACAAAAUUUAAUGAAAUUGGGUUAA